AUGGAUUGGGUCAUUUUUGCCUGUUUAGUGUCACUGUUCCAUGGUUUUGGUGAGGGACAUAACACGUUGUAUAACGGUUAUGAUCUGUCUCUGUCAGGCUACCAUUUAUGUGAGGGUGUUGAGCCAAUGCUUACAAGUUCUGUCAUUUCAUAUAAAACCCCCUACACCCAGAGAAGAUCUUGUGGGGGGUGGUUGCCCUGGAGAACGUGUGAAGUCACCCUUUACAAAAUUGCUUAUCGGACUGAGGUCAGCGUGACUGAAAAACAGGUCACCAGAUGCUGCAGUGGUUUCGUCCAAGUGGGCAGUUACUGUGCUUUGCCCCUCAAUAGGAGUGCUGAGUUCACAGCAAAACCAGGCCUCUGCCCUACACAUGACAUGGUGGACAUGUCUUCCUGUACUUCUGAAUGUGAAUGGGACACUGAUUGCCCAGGACUGCAGAAAUGUUGCCAGAUUAACGGAGUUUUCCGCUGUUCUAAUGCUUUACCAUCUAUUGACAGAGGCUCGUGCUUUAACCUGACCAUCACGUUAAAGAUGGAAUACCAGCAUCUAGUGGCUAUGGACAGUGGUAUCCUAAACCACACCAGGUUGUUACACUCUGUGGUAACAGGGGCUUUGAUCUCUUCUGUCAUUUCCGUCCACCAUGUUGAGUCAUGGCCUGCAGGAGUAUUCACUACAUCUUCCUCCCUCCUCAUUGGCUCACCUACAACACUCACCCUUUCUGAUUUGUCCUCUAAGCUCCACCUCCUCAUCGAACGCGUCGAAGAGGUGACAGCUGUGAAUGUGGAAGAUGUGGAUGAAUGUGCCUCUGCUGAACUCAACAGCUGUCCCCCUCACUCAGACUGUGUGAACACAGAGGGCUCCUACACCUGUACUUGCCUGCCUGGGUUCACGGACCAAAACACCAGCCUCCCGGGGCUCCUCUGCCAAGAUGAAAUACCUUCAAUCACCAAUCUAGCGUCCUUUAAUGUCACUGGUUCCUCCUUCUGUUUGUCGUGGACUGUCCAAUCCCAGAGCGGGCACACGUUCCAGGUGGUGGUGCAGCAGGGGUCUGCUUUGCUGAACACCUUUGAGACAACACGUAGCUCUUUGGAGAUAUCACAGCUGCAGCCAGGUGUUCUCUACACAGUCUGCAUCACUCCAUCUGACCGCUGUGGAAAUCAGGGAAUCACUGCCGAGUUACGUGUGAGGACAGCCGCACAAACGCUAGCAGCAUCUGCCCGCUUGACCAACGUGGUAUUCAACGAUUCAAUGCAAAAUCCUGAAAGUGAAGAGUUCAAGCAACUCUCCUGGAUGAUUCAGAAUGAGAUCCGGCUGUCCCUUCCUCCAGACAUCCAACAGUUAGUCGACUCCGGGCAAGUUCGGGUGGAGAUCACAAGGCUGUCCCGUGGCAGCGUGGUGGUGGACUUCCGCAUUGUCUUCAUGCCCACCAGCACACAGAACACCAUGAGUGUCUCUGCUGCUCUAAUGGGCUCUCUGCUAAACAGCACCAGACUCAGCGUGGACAGAAACAUCACUAUACAGGAUCUGAAUGAGUGUUCGCUGAACGACACUGAUUGUUCUCGGUGGGCAGACUGUGUAAACACCAUGGGCUCCUACACCUGUGUGUGCAGGGACGGCUUCACGGACUCCAACCCAAGCGUGCCGGGACGCGUAUGCACAGGCCCACUGACUAGUCCAAUGACAGGAUCCGCCACAUCCAUGACUAAUACUACAAGCAACACUGUGAACAAUUCUCCAACCAGCACUUUCGCUAACCCUUUGACCAGUGCCACAAUCAACGCUCUGACCAGUGCUGUUAGUGACUCUACGACCAACACUAUAAACAGCACCCUGUCUAACGCUGUAACCAUCGUCCUAAACAACUCUGUUGGCAAUGAUACGAUCAACUCAAUGACUGACGCUGUGACAAACACUACAGCUGUGACCAGCACUGUUACCGCUGCACUGGAGAGUACUAACAGAGAAACAACCAUACCACUGACCUCAAAUGUAACCACGGUAACCAUUCCGGAGAUGGCAAACAUGACCACAGCAUCAGUGACUAACACAGCAACCGCUCCUGAGAUGACGAACAGGACCGCAGCUUUAGUGACAACCACAGCAACCGCUCCUGAGAUGACAAACAGGACCGCAGCUUUAGUGACAACCACAGCCACAUCCAUUUCCACCACGGCUCCGCUCAUCUCACACGCAGAGGCCAUUGCUGUGGAGUGCAGGGCUGGUUCAAUCGCAGUCACAGUAACUAGGGAGUUCUUAACUGCAAAACAAAUUACAGAGGCUUGUCUCUACCUGGGCCAGCCAGAGUGUGGAGUCCGAGGUGGAAACACCACCCAUGUUCUACUAACUGUGGCUUGGGAUGAGUGUGGCACUGUUCUCAUACAUAAUGAGACUCAUAACUUUGCUCAGGUGACACUCUAUAACAACAUGAGUAUGUUAGCGAGUGCGCCAACAGUGCGUCUGCAGGUGCCCAUCAUUUGCACCUACCGGAACAGCAUCAUCAUCUCCACGGGAUACUCUCCCUCGGGACCUUCUGAUAUGAUAAAAGAUGUGGUGGCGGGAUCCGGGACGUUUCACGUCACCGUUCGGCUGCUAAAUGGAACAACGCCUCUGCCACAAAACUACACCCUCUCUCCUGAGGAGGAGGUUGUGGUGGAGGUGGCAGUGAACUCCACCUUGUCGCAAAUCAAAAUGGUCAUCAACAAGUGCUGGGCAACUUCCACCAAUGACCCCCUGGAACCAACUAAUUAUGUGUUCUUGGAAAAUAGCUGUCCAGUACCAAACGCUUUCACAACAGUUUUACAGAACGGAAACUCCUCUAGAUCACUUCUCUCAGUGCGAAUCUUUUCCUUUGUUGAUCUGAGUGUCAUCUACCUUCACUGUCAGAUCCAGAUCUGUAUUGAGUCCGCCGUGGCCACUUGCUUGCCCGUGAGUUCGCCGAAACUAGACUUCGUGGUUAACAAAGAGACGGCGGAUGGCCUCAACACUGUGGGCGCCAUCCUCCUGGGACUGGGCCUUUGUCUCUUCUGCGCUGUUGGCAUUGCGGGACUACUCUAUCACAGACGGAAGAUCGGAACCUAUAACUUCAGGAUCAAUCCCAAACAGGAGAACUUCACCUAUAAUGUUUUUGAGACAUGA